AUGUUAGGUUUGAAAUUUGAGGAGGAAGAGGAAUCGGGAAGAGCAGCCCGCUUAAGCAAAAGUUUGCAAAAAAAUAAGACGGUCCUGGUGAUUUUGGAUGAUAUUUGGGAAGAACUUAGUCUGGAAAACAUCGGAAUUCCUCAUGGAGAUGCUCAUAGGGGGUGUAAAGUGCUGCUGACUUCCAGAAAACAGGGUGUGUUAUCUAGAAAGAUGGGUACUCAAAAAAACUUCCGUGUUCAACAUUUAUGUGAAGAGGAAGCCUGGAGUUUAUUUAAGAAGACAGCAGGUGAUUCAGUGGAGCAGCUUAAAUCCAUAGCAAUUAAAGUACUUGGAGAAUGUGAUGGUCUACCAGUUGCCAUUGUAACAGUUGCAAAGGCGUUAAAAGGCGAGAGUGAUGAGGCUGUGUGGAACAAUGCUUUGCUAGAACUGGAGAAUUCUGCAGCAAUAAACAUGGAGGACGUGCAUGAAAAAGUAUACUCAUGUCUGGAGUUGAGCUACAACCACUUGAAAGGUGAUGAAGUGAAGCGUUUGUUCUUACUUUGUGGUAUGCUGGGCUAUGGUGAUAUUUCACUGGAUCAAUUGUUAAACUAUGUCAUGGGUUUGGAUUUGUUUGAACACGUGAGUUCAUUGGAGCAAAUAAGAAAUAAACUAGUGACAUUGGUCAAAAUCCUCAAAGACUCGAGCUUGUUGCUUGAUGCUGAAGAUAAUAGAUAUCGCUAUGCACACGAGUGGCCAGGUGUGUUUUUCGGAUAUAAUGAUGAAAACAAGUUUGUCAAAAUGCACGAUGUUGUUGGUGAUGUUGCCAGAGCAAUUGCAGCAAAAGAUCCUCAUCGAUUUGUUGUGAUCAAAGAAGCUCUUGGAUUAGAAGAAUUGCAAAGGAAGGAGGAGUUCAGAAAUUGCAGUCGUAUAUCUUUGCAAUGCGGAGAUCUCCGUGAGCUUCCGGAAAGAUUGGUAUGUUCCAAACUUGAAUUCUUUUUAUUGAAUGGUAAUGGUCCUUCUUUGAGAAUUCCAAACACCUUUUUUCAAGAGACGGAACUACUAAAAGUUUUGGACUUGUCUGCAACGCAUCUUACACCACUGCCUUCAUCACUUGGUUUUCUUUCCAAUCUUCGAACAUUGCGUGUAUACCGAUACACACUCCAAGACAUGGCAUUAAUCGGAGAGCUAAAGAAACUACAAGUUCUUAGUUUUGCAUUUUGCGAAAUUGAACGGUUGCCGAAAGAAUUCAUGCAAUUGACUGAUCUAAGGGCGCUGGACUUGUCGGAUUGCUCUCAUCUCGAAGUAAUUCCCCAAAAUGUCAUAUCAAGUUUAUCUCGAUUGGAGCAUUUAUGUUUAGCAAAAAGUUUUACCAAAUGGGGGGCUGAAGGAUUUGGUAGUGGAGAAAGCAAUAAUGCUUGCCUUUCUGAGCUGAACAACUUGUCCAAUUUGAAGACUUUAUGUAUAGAAAUAAGAGAUCCCAAUUUGCUAUCAAAAGAUCUGGUCUUUGAGAAGCUUACCAGAUAUGCGAUAUCAGUUUCCGAACUAGAAUAUUAUCUUUAUAAUAGAUCCCCAAGAAGGUUGGAGUUGCGUGGUGUUAAUAAACCUCGUUUGUUGGACUGCUUUUCCAAGCUGUUCAAGACAGUUGAAGAUUUAGUAUUGGCUGGCUUGGAGGACACUAAGCAUGUCCUUAACGAGUUUGAUACAGAUGAUUUUCUUCAACUCAAGCGUCUUGUUAUUAGUUGUUGUCCUGGGAUUCAAUACAUUGUUGACUCGACCAAAGGGGUCCCAUCACACAGUGCCCUUCCUAUCUUGGAGGAAUUGGAGAUUUAUGACCUCAAGAACAUGGAUGCAGUAUGCUAUGGCCCAAUUCCAGAGGGAUCUUUUGGGAAGUUACGUUCUCUAGAAGUGAGUGGUUGUACGAGGUUGAAAUCUUUCAUAUCCCUUCCCAUGGAGCAAGGAAGGGAUGGAUGGGUGUUACCUGAAAUGGGAUCCUUGGAUUCGACACGGGACUUCUCUUCCACAGGAAGCAGUGCUACCCAGGAGUUAUCUAGGAGUGAUGUUCCCACACCAUUCUUCAAUGAACAGGUUACACUCCCUAGCUUGAAGGACUUGACAAUGUUCAACUUGGAUAAUGUGAUAGCAAUGUGGCACAACCAACUUCCUCUAGAGUCUUGUUGCAACUUGAAAAGGUUGUUUAUAUCAGAGUGCAACAAAUUGCUAAAUGGGGAGUAA